UAAACGAUAAUAGAUGAGAAUUGCGUAUCUUUCUUGUGUUAUACUCUGUUACGAAUUACGAUACUCUUUUCUUUGUUCUUACAAUUCAAUCCAUGUUCAGUGUCGCUAUUCAUCCACUUUCUCCUAUCAACUCCAACUUCUCCUCUUCCUUCCCAAUGUCAUCAACAAUCACCACUCCCUUGCCGGCAACCGCCGCCGCAGCCACCCCCUACGACCGCGCAAAAGCCGUCAAGGAAUUCGAUGAAUCCAAGGUCGGAGUUAAAGGCCUCAUCGACUCCGGCAUCCAAACAAUCCCCUCUUUCUUCGUUCACCCACCCGAAACCCUAUCCGACCUCAAACCCCGACCCGGAUCCGAAUCCGAACCCCGAACGGAAAUACCCACCGUCGACCUCUCCGCCGUGCACAACUCCCGCGCCACCGUGGUGGAACAGAUCCGCCGCGCCGCCAGCACGCUGGGGUUCUUCCAGGUGACCAACCACGGCAUCCCGCCGGAGCUUCUCCGACGGACGAUCGCCGCCGUGAAGGCGUUCCACGAGCAGCCGGAGGAGGCGAGGGCGCGGGUGUACCGUAGGGAAAUGGGGACGGGCGUAUCGUACAUAUCCAACGUGGACCUGUUCCAAUCAAAGGCUGCCAGCUGGCGGGACACACUGCAGAUUAGGCUAGGACCGACCGCAGCGGAUCAGAACCAGAUCCCCGAGGUGUGCAGGUGCGAGGUGAUGGAGUGGGACAAGGAGGUGGUGCGAGUGGGAGAGGUUCUGUUUGGUUUGUUGAGUGAAGGGUUGGGAUUGGAUGCGGGAAGGUUCACGGAGAUGGGUUUUGUGGAAGGGAGGGUGAUGGUUGGACACUAUUACCCGUUUUGCCCUCAGCCUGAUCUAACGGUGGGGCUGAAUUCUCAUGCGGAUCCAGGGGCAUUGACGGUAUUGCUGCAGGACCAUAUCGGUGGGUUGCAGGUUAGGACCAAACAGGGUUGGCUCGAUGUGAAGCCCCAACCUGAAGCUUUGGUUAUUAACAUUGGAGAUUUACUUCAGGUAAUUUCUAAUGAGGAAUAUAAGAGUGCUGAUCAUAGGGUGUUAGCCAAUGCUAGUAAUGAGCCACGUGUCUCAGUUGCUAUAUUCCUAAACCCAAGUAACAGGGAGAAAAUGUUUGGACCUUUGCCAGAGCUAACAUCAGCAGAGAAACCAGCUCUUUAUAGGAAUUUCACCCUCAAUGAAUUUAUGACCAGGUUCUUCAAGAAAGAGUUGGACGGUAAAUCAUUGACAAAUUUCUUCAGGCUGUGAUGAUGUACAUGGCAUCUGUUGCUCGCUGAUAUCAAUGUAAAAGUACAUGUGUAAAGACUAAAGAGGUUUGUGUAUUGUUGGUAUACGGUAAUACAUUUGUGAAGGAAUGUGUUAUAUAUUCAGAGAUUAAUAUUUUUCAUAUUAU